UCUGAGCUCUUCUCUGCAGUAGAUUUGGGUACAGGAACUGAACCCGGCUCUUCUGCGUCCCCACCCGCCGCUGUCGCCACUUGGCCGUCAAGCCACGCUAGGCACGUCCGCUAGCGGCUCCUGGCGUUCGGAGCGGCCCGUUCUCCUCCCCGCCAGCAGGGGGCGCUGCGACAGUUGCGGGGCGCGGUGGCUACUUCAGUGUGGGCUGCGGCUCGUCGUCGUUGUCCCGAGCGCGGCCCGGCGCUGAGGAGAGACGCGCGGAGUUGCUGCUCGGCCGCCCGCCCGCGCGCGCGCGCUGCCUCCCCCUCGCCAUGUCGCUGCCGGUGUCGGGAGCCCUGCGCAGGGAGCUGGCGGAGGCCGUGUCCGGGGCUCGGCUGCUGGUGGUGGGAGCCGGCGGCAUCGGCUGCGAGCUGCUCAAGGAUUUGGUGCUCACCGGCUUCAACAACAUCGACGUGGUGCGGCCCGGGGCCGGAGCGAACGCCGGGCGGGGAGAGGGGGCCGGGGAGCAGAUACGGGCUUGAGGAAAGCGGAUCGGAGGGAGCCGAGCGCGGCCCGCUUUGCGGGGGUAGAAGCGGGUCGCGGGGCCGCCGGGGGAGCGUGCGCCGUGCUCCCCCCUCCCCUCUCAUUGUGUGUUUUCAAACUGCUCCUGCCCGCCAAAGCUGCAGGGACUAGGGAGGGGCUGCCGCGUCCCGCAGGGCCCCCUGCGCGUGGGCCUCCGGGGCUGGCGGGAGGAGAGGUUACAGUGGGUGGGAGAGGUGGGAGCUGGCUUGGCAGGGCUGAUGGGGGUGGCCUGCGUUGGGCGGGUGGGGAGCAGUUACCGCUUGUGUAAAGAGAAACCCUGACAGAAAAUAAAGUUUCAAGCCCGGGAACCCCGAAUAUAAAAUCCAGUGUAACGAUGGUGUGUGCGCUUUGCGUCCUGUAGGGAUUGGCUGUCCAAAAAAUACUAAAGACUCGAGUGGGAUCUCUCGCUCUUCAGGAAUUCAGAAGUGUGUUCUGAGAAUUCACUAAUAACAUCUGCAUGGGAAGGCAUCGCUGUCUGUCUUUCCCCAACAGGGAUUGCGCAGUCACAUGGUGAAGUAGAAGCCUCGCUUUCUCAAAAGCUAGUAGGCAAAAACUCGCGUGGGAAAUAGCAAAUCCUGUUUGCCACUUUUCAGCUGCCCCCUUAAAAUCUUAGCAAAAAGUCGGUGUUCAUUUUUGCUUAAUGCUUGCUGUCUUUUAGUAGAGAUGUUAAUAUCUAGAAUAGACUGCUGUUGUAGUCUGCUGGGUGAUACUAAAAGCGAAAUAUGUGGGUGGUGAAAUUGUAUUUUUAGAUAAUGAGUUGUAAAAUUGUCAGUCUUGAAAGUCCGAUCCUGAUACUUCCUUCAGGCUGUUGCUUUCACUUUUGUUUCCUGAUGUGAAUCUCUAAAUUGGAGUAUAGAAGAAUGGGUACACAUGAAAAAAGGGACUGUUAGCACUUUUGGCAGAAAAUUAAUGUCCCCAAAUAAACCUGGUUUUCAGCUCUUAAUUCAUUACUAUCAUGUAAUGUAGUUGUAAAGAGAGGUUUUUUUAAAAAGGCAGAUUAUAAAUUUAGCAGGUCUUAGUCACCUGUCUUAUUUCCAUCGCUGUUUUGAUUUGUCCGCAUUUGGCCAUAAACAAAGUUUGAAAAUGUUGUGUGGAAAACAGAUUUUAAGUUUAGUUCUGAGAAGUUUUGUUCAUGUCCAAACUUGCUUAACAAACUAAAUUAGGAACUUUUAUCAGAAAUCAUGUUUUGACACUUGGCAAAUGGUUUCCAGACUCAUGGCCAUGUUCAGCCCCUAGUACGUUAUUCCACAAGCAGUCCCAUUUAUUUCAGUAUUUUCUGGAUGGAGUUAACAUUGAUAUUGUGUCAGUGAACCAAAUCUAGAAAAGAGGACGAAGAUAAACAUUUUUCUUCAUUGUGAGGCAUUUUUAGUGUUUUUCUCACCUUGUUAUUGGACUCUUGUUACCCCUUAAAAAUAGCAAGUACUUUUGUUCCAAAGAUUGCUGUGGCUGCCUUGAAAAAUCAAGGUUUAUAAGCCAGGUAGAUUUUCCAUUGGCAUGUUUAGUAUUUUGCUUGUGCCCCUGUUUUAGGACCAUGGCCAACUCUAUUAGCAUACAUAGGGGUUGGAUCAGAUCCUUAGUUUUGUUCCCUUCACUCUUUUCUCUCUCUCUCUCUCUCUCUCUUUGACAGCAGUUUGAGAGUGUCUAUCAAAAUUUGACUAUGGAGGAAGGGGCUGAGCAGUGGACAAAGAGAAUGAGAGCAAAUUGUCAAUUUGGGCAUGUUGCACAACUUGGAUAUUUUGUGGCAUAUGUGUUUAGUCCACCUGAUGGCAUGAGUAGGCAUUGAUGUCAGCAGGCUUGUCUAACAAAAUUUGAUUGUUGAAAAUAAUUUUGAACAAUCAAGUUAGGUGACAGUGUGGAACGUGAUUCGUCAUCUGUGCUGAUUGCUAAGUUAUGGUCAGCAUUGUCAUGCAACUGAGUUUUUCAAAACCGUGUUCAAAUGUGAUCAGUUUUUGAUAUACAGACAUGCUCAGUGGAACUACUAGUUUGUGUAAUCCCUGUAUUAGACUGUAGUGAAGGCUACUGUGUCAGGAUGUAAACUGAAACCUACUAAGCUACACAUUCAGCGGGAAAAAGAGAAAUAGAAGCUACUGCAUACCUGAAAUGUGACUGAGUUAAUAUUGGUUUAAGAACUUUAACUUCUGCACUUUGUAUUUUUAUUUUAACUGCAGCCAUAAAUCUAGCCAUAGAGGGCUUUUUAUUCAGUUAAUAAAGUAUAUGGGGUAAGAAAACUACAUAAUAGUAAAAUAUAUAUUGUUCAUGAUCAGAAUUCUUGCAAAUGUUCUUCAUUUGCACAUGACAUUGCUAAUUUUCCACACCAUUUUGAACAUAUCCUAAAAUACAGAAGGAUCAGAAAUUGGAGCUUUCCUACUAACUAGCAUGCACAUUUUUAAUAUGUGGUUCAAAGUCACAUGUCUGUGCAUUUUUCAUUUUUCCCAGGGAUUCUUUCUGCAUUAUCUAACUCUCGCAUCCUUAAAUUGUGAAACUUAUCUUAGCUAUUAACAUUACUGAACAUGUGCAAUCACUGUAACUGUGCAAGAAGAUAACCAGUUAGAUAUGUAGUUGAUCAUUUGUAUGUGCAGGUCCUGCAGCUGUCGGUGUGCAUAUGCACAGAUCUGAAAACUUGAGCUUUAAAGUCCAUGUACAUCAAUGCAUUUAAUUGUCCUGAUUGAUCUGGAUACUAUUGAUGUCAGCAACUUAAACAGGCAGUUUUUGUUUCAAAAGAAACAUGUUGGGAGGUCAAAAGCACAGGUGGCUAAGGAAAGCGUGUUACAGUUUUACCCAGAAGCUAAUAUUAUAGCUUAUCAUGACAGUAUCAUGAACCCUGACUAUAAUGUAGAAUUCUUCCGGCAGUUUACAUUGGUUAUGAAUGCUUUGGAUAACAGAGCUGCACGUAACCAUGUGAACAGGAUGUGUCUGGCUGCUGAUGUUCCUCUUAUAGAGAGUGGAACUGCAGGCUACCUUGGACAAGUAACAGUUAUCAAAAAGGGAGUGACAGAGUGUUAUGAAUGUCAUCCUAAACCAACUCAGAAGACUUUUCCAGGCUGCACAAUUCGCAACACUCCAUCAGAACCUAUCCACUGCAUUGUGUGGGCAAAGUAUUUGUUCAAUCAGUUGUUUGGUGAAGAAGAUGCUGAUCAGGAAGUAUCCCCUGACAGAGCUGAUCCUGAAGCUGCCUGGGAGCCAACAGAAGCAGGAGCAAGAGCGUCUAAUGAAGAUGGUGAUAUUAAACGUGUUUCAACUAAGGAAUGGGCUAAAUCCACUGGAUAUGAUCCAGUUAAACUUUUCACUAAGCUUUUCAAAGAUGAUAUCAGAUAUCUGUUGACAAUGGAUAAACUGUGGAAAAAAAGGAAACCUCCUGUGCCAUUGGAUUGGACCGAAGUACAGAAUCAAGAGAAAAACAUGUCUGAUCAACAGAAUGACUCCUCUUUAGGCCUGAAAGACCAACAGGUUCUGGAUGUCAAGAGCUAUGCACGUCUGUUUUCAAAGAGUGUUGAAACUCUGAGAGUUCACCUAGCUGAAAAAGGUGAUGGAGCUGAACUUAUAUGGGAUAAGGAUGACCCAUCUGCAAUGGAUUUUGUUACUUCUGCUGCAAACCUCAGGAUGCACAUUUUCAGUAUGAAUAUGAAGAGCAGAUUUGAUAUCAAGUCAAUGGCAGGAAAUAUAAUCCCUGCUAUAGCUACAACUAAUGCAGUGAUAGCUGGUUUGAUAGUGCUGGAGGGUUUGAAGAUUUUAUCAGGAAAAAUAGACCAAUGUAGAACGAUUUUUCUGAACAAACAACCAAACCCAAGAAAGAAGCUACUUGUUCCUUGUGCAUUGGAUCCUCCAAAUCCCAAUUGUUAUGUGUGUGCAAGUAAACCAGAAGUGACAGUGAAACUUAAUGUACACAAGGUUACUGUGUUGACAUUACAGGAUAAGAUAGUGAAAGAAAAAUUUGCUAUGGUAGCACCAGAUGUACAGAUAGAUGAUGGAAAAGGGACUAUUCUCAUAUCUUCAGAGGAGGGAGAAACAGAAGCAAAUAACCACAGGAAGUUAUCAGAAUUUGGAAUUCGGAAUGGCACUCGGCUACAAGCGGAUGAUUUCCUGCAGGACUAUACCCUGUUAAUCAAUGUGCUUCAUAGUGAAGAUCUAGAAAAAGAUGUGGAAUUUGAAGUUGUUGGAGACAGUCCAGAAAAAGUUGGCCCCAAACCAUCAGAACCAAUUUCUAAGAACAUUACUAAUGGUAGUGAUGAUGGAGCACAGCCAUCAACUUCAACAGCUCCAGAUCAAGAUGAUGUAUUGAUUGUUGACUCUGAUGAUGAAGGUCCUUCAAGCAAUACUGAUGAUGAUAUGGAAAAUAAAAACCGCAAGAGAAAACUAGAAGAUAGAGAGCAUGUCAGUACAAAGAGAAUGCGUUCAGACCAGACAGAAGAGCAAGAUGACAUAAUAGCACUAGACUGAGUGCAAAUACCCAACGAUAGAAUGAUCUAGAUAAUGUAAUACAAUAAGAUGUUACUUUGGGGUGUGUUAAAUGUCCAGAACUAGACUAUUUUUAUGGCCUUUGUUCCCAGGGAGAAUCACACCACUGGCUUACAGAACUUGUGUCCAUUCCUCUUGAUGGUAAAGCACUCAUUUCAAUAGAAUCUUAGAAGUUUUCCAGUAUCCUAUAUUAAAUGUAGUAGAAACUUAGUUUAUAAAUACUUAAACAUAAGUAUUUGCUUAAACAGUCAUGAAGACAAAAAGCAUGUUAUUUUUAUGUAAAUACAUUUAGAUAUAAUUCACUAGGACAAAACUACUCUUGUUUAGUAAAGGGUCAUCAUUUGAAACCCAGAUUUAUAAAUAUGUAGAUUUUUAUUUUGGCUAGACAUAAAAUAUUUUUAGCCUAGAUCUAACCAUUUUUCACACCCUCAACUAAUAUGAGAUAGCAGAUUCUUUAAAAAGAGAAAUAAGAAGUGCUAUGUUUAAACUCUCUGAUCUUAAACAUCAGCUGGCACUGUGUACAUUACUGUAAAACAAUGUUAAUUUACUCAAGUUUUUCAGCACGUACUGCCUGGUAUGUCAAUGUAAGAAACAAAUUUUGUGUAUUGUUACAGUUUCAGGUUAUUUAUAUUUGCUGUUUUGUAAAACUCAAAUACUAUUACUAUACUGUACAUCUCAUGGACCAAAUAAACGACAUCUGAAAUACUUGCUA